AUGUCGCGCCAUUUCUUCCCUUUUAUGAUAUCACAACCGUUGAAUCUAGACCUCACCCUAGCUCUGGUAGCCAUUUUGUUGGUCACUACAGUCCAAGCUGACAACGGCCUUGGUACCGACGCUCCAGCUCCGGUAACAGACAUUCAACCCUCAACUACUGCAGCAAGUACUGGUGGCAAUGGCGGAUUAUCGAAGACUGCAAAAAUCGUGAUCGGGGUUGUAGUCGGCAUGGUUGGCAUUUCAGCGAUUUGCGGUGCUGUAUUCUUCUUUUGUCGGAGAACGAAAAAACGGAGCGACAAAACGAAACGCCACGAGACGAUGAAUUCCUACCAUGACGCCCAGAGAGCAGCCCAUCGACAACACCAAAUGCCGUUUAGAAGUCAACGACAGCCCGAUCCGGAACAAGGGAUGAUUGAAAUUGCCAAAAUCGAGCGAGAAAAUUCGCAGACAAUUCGAGAUUCCGUACUGCCCAAAUACGAUCCAUCAUCCUUCCCGAGCAGCCAGUACAGCAUAGACCUCAGCCGUGGUGCGAUGUCGCUUGAUAUGCCUCGAGAACCGUUAUUGAGCUACCAUAAUCAUCAUAAUAGGAAUUCGUUGUCAUUCUCGCAAGUCAUCGCACCACUACCACUACCGCCACCACCUCCUCCUCUACCUCCGAUGCCCCCUGCGGUAGCGUGGAAUAGACGAUCGAGAGUAGAAACAAGCAACGACACUCGGACAAAUUCAUCGGCAAAUAACAACUCAUCUGUACCAGCUGUGUCGGUCUCUACGGGCAGUCAAGAGCGGCCUAAAGGGCCGAAGAAGCCGAAGCCCACACUAGCACGCCUGAUAACGAACUUGUAG